UCCCUCCAGCAUACCUCGUAUAAAACCAACUAGACAAAUGUGUCUUGUGGGGCCGAAGGAAUCCUGGAGUUCCCGACACCAUCUCACUAGCGAAGGCUGGGGCGAGUGCUAAGUUCUGCUAACCUCAUGCCACGAUGCCUCCUGCAUUAGCGGCAUUAGCUGCACAGGAGAGACUUAUCCGAGCUCGGAAUGUUCAGUAGCCGAGCCAUAAGUACCGAAAAGGACGUCGGCUCUUCAACACUCGUCAAUUGUUUCUAACCCUGCUGAAGCAUUCCUGGGCCAGCGCACAACUCUCAAUGCCAUCUUUGAAUACCCUCAAACUGGGGGCUGUCCUCGGCCUGGUUGCCAUUGCCCCCUCAAUUGAGGCAUCGGACAGCUCCUCUUGCCGAUGUUUCCCCGGCGAUGAUUGCUGGCCGUCGGUUUCGACCUGGGAUGCUUUCAACCAGUCGGUCGAUGGACGUCUUGUGGCCACCGUGCCUCUCGCAGCUCCGUGCCACGCUCCCAACUACGAUGCAAAUAAAUGUGAAGCUUUGAAAGAUGGCUGGCUUUUGCCAGAGGAACACUAUCAAUCUUCUUCGUCUCUUAUGGCUCCGUUCUUCACAAAUGCCACAUGCGAUCCAUACCACCCUGUUUCCAAGCCCUGUACCCUUGGUAAUUUCGUCCGAUAUGCAGUUAAUGUCUCCACGCCGGCCCAUGUCGCCAAGACAUUGCAAUUUGCCAACGAACACAAUAUCCGUUUUGUGAUCCGUAACACCGGCCAUGACUACAACGGAAAAUCCACCGGUGCAGGUGCUCUGUCAGUCUGGACACACCACCUGAAGGAUAUCGAAUUCAAGGAUUGGGACGACAACUGGUAUGUAGGAAAGGCUGUCAAGCUCGGCGCUGGUGUCCAGGGAAUCGAGGCGUACGAGGCAGCGCAGGCGCAGGGGCUUCGGGUGGUCGGCGGAGAGUGCCCUUCUGUCGGUAUUGCCGGCGGAUACAGCCAAGGCGGCGGUCACUCUUCCCUGUCUUCGAAGUACGGACUUGGUGCGGACCAGGUCCUGGAGUGGGAGGUUAUAGAUGGUACUGGCAGGCUCCUCGUCGCGAACCGUCAACAGAACAGUGAUUUAUACUGGGCAAUGGCUGGUGGUGGCGGUGGCACCUACGGUGUUGUCUGGUCUAUGACCUCCAAGGCUCAUGCCGAUGGUCAGGUAUCGGGCUUGAAUCUUACGUUCACCACCACUGACAUUUCUGACGACACUUUCUUCAAAGCCGUGGAGCUCUACAAUUCUUAUUUACCUUCCUUCGUGGAUGAGGGUAUCAUGAGUCUGAACUUCCUGACCAACACCUCCUUCUCUCUCUCCCCUAUGACUGCACCUGGUCUUUCCCUGGAGAAGCUUGAGAGCCUUGUUAAACCAUUUCUGAAGGGUCUGGACAAGCUUGGCAUCACAUAUGAUUAUCAUGCGGAAAGCUUUCCCACUUACCUUGACCAAUUCAACGCCCAGGUGCCGCUCGUCGAAAUUGCAGUCUCCCAGUACGGCAGCUGGCUUCUCCCACGGGCCCUCGUCGAGGAAAACAGCACUAGACAUGAUGUUACCGAAGCCUUCAAGACCAUCCUCUCGACUGGUGCUACCUUCACCACCGUGGCGGUUAAUGUGUCAAAGGAAGUCACUGGCGACGUCUAUAACGCCGUGAACCCGGCAUGGCGCAAUGCAAUUGCCCACGUACUUCUGUAUACAGACUGGGCGUUCAACGAGCCCGAGGAAAUGCUUGCACAGCAGAAAUUGAUGACCGAAGUGUUGGUUCCUAGCAUCAGCAACUUGGCCCCGGAGUCUGGCGCUUAUCUUAACGAGGCCGACUUCCGCCAGCCCGACUUCAAGACUGCAUUCUAUGGCAAGAACUACGACACACUCCGCGAGAUUAAGGCCAAGUACGACCCUCACUCUCUCUUCUAUGGGCUGACUGCCGUUGGCUCUGAUGAGUGGACUGUCUCGGAAAGUGGUAGAAUGUGCCGUGCAGCUACUUCCAGUGCUUAAAUCGGGACACGAGUGCAUUCCAAAGUCCUGUUAUUAACUAUGCGUUGCCUGUGCUGGUGAACAGGCAAAAGAGAGGGACAAAGUCUUGGAACUCACAAAGCAAGCAUGAGAUAGAUGACAUCCGCUAUUCGUCUUUCCUCUUUUCCUUUCAUAAGCUAAGGAGCGGGGAACGCAGUGAGAUGGAAGGUCGUGUACUCUAGAUCUUAUUUUCUUAUGAAUGAUGUACUAUAUAGAGCUUAAACAGCUCGAAACCGAAAUUGC